CAGAGGCUUGAGUGGGGGUGGGGGUCGCGGGGGCUUCCUACGCCUCAGGCGACGUCGCGCGCUGAUUGGUGCGCGAGGCCCCGUGACGUCACUUCCUGAUCGACGGAGAUGAGGGUCUGUGAGGCGAACGGGGCGAGGGGAGAUGGGCCGCUGCCUUAAAUACGGUUUAAUGGCGUGGGGGAGUUGUUUUUUUAAAAUGCCGGAAGAAAGCUGUCAGUUGAAGAGUCUGUGACAAGAAAGAGAAAAGAGAUGUCUGGAGCCUGCACACAAUGAAAACCAUACAUGUGGUGAUACAGAUCAGCAAGGACAUGCUUACAAAGCACAAUUGAUUUAAAAGAGCUAACUUCGGGAGCACAUGAAUGGCAGACAUCUAUUGGUUGCCUCUGUAAUUUCUGUCCAGAACGCCAACUUUGUUUAUCCCUCCUGUCAAAACUGCUUUUCCAAACUACUAGUAGAUUCGAAGAGGUACAGUUGCUUAAAAUGUGGCUGCACUGGUGAUACCGAGGAAGCAAACUAUAGAUAUCGCCUCUCGCUAGAAGUCGCUGACACUCAGGGUGUAUUUGAAGUGACAAUAUUUGGAAGCUGUUUAGAUGUUUAUUUUGGAGUUACAGCAAAGGACCUACAGAGGUACAUUGAAGAACUGAACAAAGAAACAGGAGAACCAGGCCAGGAUGCAACUCAAGGUGUGGUAUUCCAAGCAGUGGAAACCUGCUUCAUCGGGAAGAAGUUUGUAUUUGCAGUUAAGGGUUUCGACAGACCAGAUGGCACCAGCUCCUUGCAGAGUAUCUGUCAAACGGACAGGUAUCCCAAGGCCUUCAUUGCCUGUCAGAUGUUUGUGCCAGACCCUGCGCUCACAGGCUACACUGUUAUCCAUUACCUCCAACAGCACCAGUGUUCUCACUGCAAGCAUGGCCAUGCAGGUUUCUGGCCUCCAGAUCUUUUUGCAGCAUUUGAUGAACCAAGCUGGGAGCUCAGUAGCUUGCAAGGCCUGGGUGACUUGAAUGCAGUUCCGUCAAGUCCUGCAGGUGGCAUUUCAUAUUUCUGGCCCCAGUCAUUUGGGCUGACUUGCUCUUCUAUUUCUUCACCAAUAGUAGCAGAUCCAAAUUCCAGCACAACUAUCUACGAUAAGCAAAAGUGGGAGGACAAUCCAGUUUCUACACAUGGUCAGUUGACCUACAACUCAAAGGACCAUAACCCGAUUGUGACUGAGAGAAAUGAGGAAGAUGAUACGAAAUGUCAUUUGUUUUCUACUCAAUGGAACCAUGUCAAGUGUGAAUCAGAAAUCUAUUCCUUCUUAAGAGGAGAAGACAGGAGGUUGGUACAAACCCCUUUAAAAUUAGCAGAGAGAGAUUCUUUCUGCAAAAUUGCCAUGCAACAUAGUUACGGACUUCCAAAUUCAGGGAAAUCUGGGCCUCAUAGUUCUCUUUGUCCCCUCGCUUCACCUUCAAGCCAUGCUAGAUCAGGUGAAAACUCUCAGGAAGUUCCAGACCUUUGGGAUGAAUUGCCAUCAUCAGAAAGUUUAAAUGAAUUCAUAGCCAAAAUUGAAAAUAACAACAUGUCGCCAGCAAAGGCCAAUGCAGGAAAGUGUUUCCCUAAUAGCACAAUUGAUGAAUUAUGUGAAAAGUUGACUCCCCAGCCGGGAAUUUUCAGUGCCAGUUUCAAGACCAGGCAAUCAGAAGAGAUGCUACAGAAUCUAGCAGAGAAGGUGGAAACGUGCAAAGAACCUAUUCUACCUUAUUACCAAUCUAGCCUGUUGCCAUGUCACAAUAAUAGCAAAUCUCAUCAAGAAGCCUUUCACAGUUCUUCGUCCACUAAAGGAAACAAGGAACAGGGGUGUCUAUCCAACCAGCAUCCUGUCCUCUUGCCUUGGUGCUCUCCAGCUGGGGUUAAACUUUCUCAUUCAAAUGGAGGUUGUUCAUCCUUCAAAGGAAGGGUUGACCAAGAUGCCAAUAGUUUCACGAAUCACCAUACUGGCUGCUCUUUAAAGUCUACCAGUAACUGCCUUGAAGACUCUUGUUUACAAAUCAAGAAGAUAACAGCCCACAAUAAAGAUCAUGAUAAUCUAGCCAACAGUGGUGGGAAAGAGGGUCAUUUCUAUAAGCUAAAUCAAACUACUGGUCUCACAAACAUCCAAGGAGAAAGUUUCAGAUCAGCCAGUGGUGAAAGAUCCAGUGAAAUUUGUGGGGAAAAGAGAGAGCUGCUUUUACAGGCACAUGAAUAUAGUAUUAAAGUCAUCCAGAGUGGAUUGGUCCAAGACAGUUCUGAUUGCAAGGAGGGCAGUUACAAUGCUUCAGCUGAUCUCUUCGAUAACAACAGCGGAACAGAAGUCACUGGGGGAAAAUUAAACUCAUCUCGAGCAUUCUUGGCACAAGAAGGUUCAGUGACCAGACAGCAUAUAAGAUUUGAAUUCAUACCAAAUGAGUUAGAGGCUAGCUGGAGUACUUCUGGACAUGAAUCAUCAUCCUGCAAUAUGCUCACUAUUUCAGACCAAAAAACAAGCACUCCGGUUUCUAGUUUAAGGCCCAGAUCUGAACUCAGUCUCAUGGAUUCCCCGGAUUUCAUACCUUAUUCCCAGCCCACUCCCCUAGCCAGGCCCUACACUCUACAAGUAAGCUGCCCUAGAGGAAAUGAACCCAUACUUACUGAAUUGCCACUGAAUAAGUUGUCUCGGUUAAAUGUCAGAUGUAGAAGACUCAGACCUCCUGUGGAAAACCCUUUAGUAAAACAGCUUUUCAGCAAGUUCCUGAAGUCCCAAAGGUCGACAACUGCAGAUCCUAUUAUUCUUGAUAGAUCAGCUCCUCAUCAGUCAUUUAUCAGCAGCAGCCCAUUCCAAGAGUUGCCUGCAGCAGCUGGUGAAGACUGGAUUCCCCCUUCAGAAAAAAAAUGGGUGCGGCCCCUUGCUUUUCAGAAAAGGUUGAAGAGGAGAAGCCUGGGAAGAAAUGCUUAUUGCCAACCCACUGAGAAGCCUUCUCUUUCUGAAAAUAAAAUAAGCAGCAAGACUCCAACGAGUUCUAGCAGGUUAAUAAGGUUAGAGUUUUCUCCGAAAAAGCAGCCAGUGGCUGAGGAUAAAGGUGGAAGCCUAUGUAGGCACAAAAAUGAUGUUCGUGACGGGCAGCUAGUAGGUGUCAAUGGACUGAGCCUAUCCCCUUCUUCUCACCCAAUGUCCACCAUUCCAAAUUGGUCUCCUGAACUGUUUUAAGAGAUUGGCCAGCUACUUAGCACAGCUGCUAUUUUAUUAAGUUCAGCUACUUGUAUAUACAUUUUCCUUUCACAAACUGACCCAUCGUCACAGUUGUGCUUUUGACACAUGUUCAGUUCUUUGCAAUUUUCUCAGGUGACUGAGGAUUGGGAAAAUACCUUUAAAAAUACAAGUAUAUACUGGUUGUAUUCCUUCUGGCAUUUUAAACAAUUUUGUCUACACAAGACUGAGCAUUACAUUCUUAGAAAAUGUAGUCCAUUUUUGUCUUGA